CUACGCAAUUUGAUAUUGUAAGAAAUUGAUACAAAAUUGUGAGACUACUAAGUUUUUUAUAAUUAUUAAAAAUGGGUAACUCUGCAACAAAAAUAGAAGCAAAGCCGGAAGAAAAAAAGAAACUAAAACCUUGUUGCGCCUGUCCUGAAACUAAGAAAGCGAGAGACGAAUGUAUCAUAGAAAAGGGUGAGGAAAAUUGUGGCAACCUCAUAGAAGCACAUAAAACGUGUAUGCGAUCAAUGGGAUUUAAUAUAUAAAACAUAGAAGAAUAAUAUCUUCAUACCAAAGAGACAUCUUUAUCAUAAAGGGCAUAUUCCACAAAGAAUCUUGAGAAGUCUCAGGUUAUAAGCAUAUUUACAUAGAUACAUAUUUAUGUAUUUAUGUCUUUGUAAAUAAUUUUUUUUUAGACUUAAUAAAAAAUGAACUAUUGUUUAUGAAGUUCUAAAAAAGUAAUACAAAUAACUUAUUUUAAAUGAGCUUCAAGAAACAUGAAAUAGAUUAUUGUAAUAUAACUAUGUAAGAAAAAGAAAUAAAAUUAUACUCUUCUUUUUCUUCA